CAGUGCACCUUAGCAGGUUUUGCGUAAUUGAUACACGACGACAUGGGGCUCACUGAAGCCUUGGCGGGUCUUGAAUUGGGCCGCUUCAUGCAAACGGCUGUCGUUUGCCUCCUUGUCGCUGUUAUCUAUAAAUUAUUGCCAGUGCUGCGUCAGCUAAGGGAUUCCGCUGGAAAACCUCCGAUCUUUCCAGGACCAGAUGGACACUGGUUGAUGGGUCAUACUUUCAUGGUUAAACAAGAUGAGUCUGGCUUGGAACAGAUUAUCAAAUGGGGGAGGCAGUACCCCUACGCUUUCACCAUUCGCCUCGGUCCCUUUAAAUUCCUCUACAUCCACCACCCCGAUUACGCGAAAACCUUUUUGACGUCCUCAGAGCCAAAGAAUAAGUCCUAUAAGAUUUUUCUGGACUGGAUUGGUGACGGCUUAGUGUUGCUGGAUGAUGAGAAAUGGCUUAACCACAGAAAGCUCCUGAAUCCGGCCUUUCGUAUUGAUAUUUUGAAACCGUAUGUGAAAGUGAUGUCCCAGGCAGCAAAUACUAUGUUGGACAAAUUGGAGCGCUACUCGAACACCGGUGAGUCCUUUGAGAUAUGCGAACACAUGGCCGUCAUGACGAUGGACAUCAUCAUGAACUGCGCCUUUAGCUCCAAGAAAAAGACCACGAGCCGAACACCCGAGUUCCUCAAAGUAACAAGAGAGCUUGCCGAAAUUGGCUGCUUGCGCUUCCGAAACCCUCUUUACCACAACAAGCUCCUAUUCCAUCUGAGCCCUCUCGGCUUCAGCUACAGGAGAGCCCUCAAAGCCUAUAACGGCUAUACAGAUGAAGUGAUAAAGCGGAGAAAAGAGCAACUCGCGCAGGAAGCGAAGGAGCCGCACCACCUCCCGGCCACCGCAAAACUGGACUUUCUGGACACGCUACUCUUAGCAAGAGGUGACAAUCAGGCGGGCCUGACAAAUGAAGAAAUACAAGCCGAGGUGAAGACCUUCAUGGUGGCGGGCCAUGAAUCCAGCGCCGUUGCUCUCUCUUUUAUUUUUUACGCCCUGGCCUGCAACCCAGAACAUCAGCAAAUAUGCAGGGAGGAGGUCACCCAAGUCCUGGGUGACAAGAACACCGUGGAUUGGGAGGAUCUGGCGCACAUGCCUUACACCACCAUGUGCAUCAAAGAAUCCCUUCGACUUUACCCGCCUAUUCCAUUAUUUUCCAGAAAACUCACCAAACCAAUGACUUUUUUCGACGGAAGAACUUUGCCAGAAGGUUCUUUGAUUGGUCUGAUGGUGUUUGCACUACACAGGAAUGCAACCGUCUGGGAGAACCCUGACCUGUUUGACCCGUUACGAUUCCUGCCAGACAACAUUUCCCAAAGGUCCCCACAUGCAUUUGUGCCCUUCUCCGCAGGCUUAAGGAACUGCAUUGGUCAGAGUUUCGCCAUGAACGAGAUAAAAGUGGUCGUGGCUUUGAUGCUCAAGCGGUACCAGCUGAUUGAGGACCCCACUAAGAAGCCCAAGCUCCUUUAUAGAAUUGUGCUUCGCCCCCAAAAUGGCAUCCACAUUCAAAUCAAACCUCUGGAUGCUUGACCAGAGAUGGCAAAACCAGUUCCAGAAAGUUAAAAAAAAAACCCUGCAGCAGUUUUGGUUUAACCACAGGUGCUGUACUAAUUUGGUGGGGGGUGCGAGAGCUCAUCAAAUACA